AUGUUUGAAAGAAAUAUCUACUGUGGACCAUUUAGCAUUUAUGUAUUGUUAGAAAGGCAACCAAAUCAACCAUUAUGCAAACGACGUGUAAUACAUGUAGAUAAUAGAAGUCAUUGGUUAGCUCAUUGUGAAGGACGAUCUCAACAACGUACAAUUAAAUUUAUAGAUAUUACUAUGAAAUCAUUUUGUGAAAAAUCUUCAUCUAAUUGCAUUUAUAAACAAAAUGGUAAUGUUAAUCAAUCCGGUAGUACUGCUGAAUUUAUGGCACAUUUAAAUCGUGUUUGGUUAAUUGGACAUGCUGGAAGUGUAAAAACAUUAUGUUAUGAUACAAGUAUUCGUUUAUGGAAUCUAUCUGAUAAUAAUAACAAUAAUAAUAAUAAUCAACAUUGUUUAAAUCAACAAACAAAUCUAUUAAAUCCUAUAAGUUUUAGAAAUAGUCGAUCAAAAUGUAUUAGAAUAUUUCAUGGUCAUACAGAUACUAUACUUUGUAUUUGGUUAGAUCAAACUAAAUUAUGGUCAAAAUAUAAUAGAACAUCUGAAAAACGAUCAUAUUCAUCUUAUCAUUCAAAUAAUAGACAUAAUAAUAAUAAUAAUAAUAAUAAUAAUCCAAAUGAUGUUAAAAAAGAAGGAUUUCAAGGUACAUAUCAAUUUGCAAGUGGUUCAGUUGAUCGUACAUGUUGUAUCUGGAGAUUAGAUGAACAAAAACCAUUAUGGAUUAUGAAACAUUCAACUCCAAUCACAUCAGUAGGCUUAAGAGGAUACAUUUGUACAACUGGUGAACAUAGUGGACGUAUAAAUGUCUGGAGAAUUGGCAAUAAAAAACCAAUUUUAAUAAAGGUAUUGACUGGUCAUACUGAUGUUAUUACAGCGUUACGGUUCGACAACUAUCAUUUAGUCACAUCGUCCAGAGAUAAAUCUGUAAAAAUAUGGUCUAUAAUUGGAGAAUUCUCCGACUGUAUAGGUACAUUAGUGCAUACUGGUGAAGUGUUAUGUGUUGAAUUGAUUGAUUUAAGAAUUAUAACUGGUUGUUCAGAUGGUCGUAUACGUGUAUGGAAUUUAUUAACUCAACACUGUCAAAGAAUAUUACCGGGAAAUUAUCGUCAUGAUCCAAUUAUAAGUAUUAUGCCAUUGGAAAAUCGAUUAAUUGUUAAUACACAACACAAUAUAUUAGCUUUAAAUUUUGAUACUGUAAAAUGGGAAUAUCAUGAAUCAGUUGAAGAUAAAGCGGAAGAAUUUUGGCUUAAAUCAAUUAAGAAUAAAUCAAAUCAACAGAAUAACAAUUCAUUACACUCUAAGCCUAGUUAUGCUGAAUCAAGAUAUAUUAGAUCAUGUUUAAUUAAUUCAGCAGAUCCAAGAUUUUUUAAACGGUCAAAUAUGAUAGGUGUAAGGCAUAAAUCAGCUUGUCGAUCUUUAAGUGAAUAUUCAAAGUCAAAUAGAAUGAGUAGAAUAUCAUCAGGGUCAUCGAUUCAAUCAUAUUCUAAUAGAUCCAAUGAUUUGUUACGAAAUAGUAAAAAGAAAUCUUUUGAAUUUGAAUUUUUAAUAUCACCACCAAUACCGGGAACAUAUGCAGUGAAGCACAGUGUUAUAAAACGUCCUAAAUCAGCAUUUGCAGUUACUAAAGAAUUAAAACAAAAAGAACAUGAACAAUUAUUAUGUAAUAAUAAUAAUAAUAAUCUAUUCAAUCAAUCAAUGAAACAAAAUAUUUCAACUAUAGAACAUCAAACAAAACAAGUAAAGGUAACAAAUGACAACAGUACUACUACUACUACUACUACUACCACUACCACUACUACUUCUACUACUAAUAAUAAUCAUACCAAUAUUAUUGAUUAUUCAAAAUUAUUAACAAAUCAAUAUUUCUAUCAAUCAUCUUAUGAUAUUAAUCAAUUUAAAUAUUAUUUAUUAAAACAAAUUCAUUAUUUAAAAAGAAAUCAAUUUAAUGAUAAACAAAAUGUUCAAUCAAUAAAAGAUACUUAUGUUGAUCUUGAUAUAAAAUAUAAUAAUAAUAUAGUAACUAAUUAUAAUGAAUUAGAUCAAUUAGAUAUAUUAAUCAAUGAUAAUUUCAUUAAAUCAUAUCAAACGAAUUCAUCAAAAAUCCAUAAAUUACGAUCAUAUUCAGCUCCUUCAAUAAAUAGGAAAUCAUCAGAUUUUUCUAAUUUCAAUAUACAAUACAUGACACAUUGGAAACAAGAUAAUGAACAAUGUAUCAAUUUAAAUUCUAUUCAAUUACCAAAUCUUAUUGUAAAUUAUGAAACGAUUAAUUUAAAGAAGAAAUAAUCUAUCGAAGAGAAUCUUUACUGGAAGUAAAGUGAGGAACACAUAAAGAAAAGUAAAACUGUCACAGGACUACAAUAGUUUCAAUGUAUUUGAACGAAUAAUCCAUUUAAAAAAAGUUAAUUACAGUUUAGUAACUGAUUAUAAGAAAAAUUCUUUCAUUUUUCUUUUCAUUUACUUACUUACACCUUUUACUCCCAAUGGAGCAUAGGCUACUGACUGGAAUUAUUUGCCUAUCUUAAGUUUGCCUCCUAUUAGCUGUAAUUUGAUACAUUUUACAUGGUAUAUACUCUAAAUGAAAUAUAUAGUUUUAGGAUAAUAAAAUGAAAAUGAGUAGAAAAAUAACGUAAAUAGAUUAGUUACAUCUUUUAUUUUUAAUGAUAAUUUAUAGAAUAUCUGAAAUGAAUAUAGUGUUUUUGUUAAGUUGUACAAAUAAAUUGUUGGUUAGUGUUUUUUUCAGCGAUUUAUUUUUCUACGGGGUGAGGUUGCUAACCCCACGCCCAACCCUCCUCUUUUAUCCGGUUUUGGGACCGGCAGUAGCCCCCGAGGGGCUCCAGGGGGAAUUACAAACAAAUUGAUACUAUGGUUUAAUGAAUGACUAUUACACAGGUUGAAAUCAUGAGUCGAUUGAA